CGGGUAGGGCCAUGGCCUCGACAGAGUUGCAGGGGAAGUACCAGAAGCUGGCCCAGGAGUACUCCAAGCUCCGGGCUCAGAAUCAGGUCCUUAAAAAAGGUGUUGUGGAUGAACAAGCAAAUUCUGCUGCUUUAAAGGAACAGCUGAAAAUGAAGGAUCAGUCACUGAGGAAACUACAACAGGAAAUGGACAGUUUGACAUUUCGAAAUCUACAGCUUGCCAAGAGGGUGGAACUGCUUCAAGAUGAGCUAGCGCUGAGUGAGCCUCGAGGCAAGAAGAACAAGAAAAGCGGGGACUCUUCUUCCCAGCUGAGUCAAGAGCAGAAGAGCGUCUUUGAUGAAGAUCUGCAGAAGAAGAUAGAAGAGAACGAGCGGUUGCACAUACAGUUUUUCGAAGCUGAUGAGCAGCACAAGCAUGUGGAAGCGGAGCUGAGGAGUCGACUGGCUGCCCUGGAAACAGAAGCGGCCCAACACCAAGCUGUGGUUGAUGGCCUGACCCGGAAGUACAUGGAAACCAUUGAGAAGCUGCAGAAUGACAAGGCUAAGCUGGAAGUGAAGUCUCAGGCUCUAGAAAAGGAGGCCAAGGACUGUCGACUCCGGACAGAAGAAUGUCAGUUACAGUUAAAGAAUCUUCAUGAAGAUUUGUCAGGUAGAUUAGAGGAAUCGUUAUCAAUCAUCAACGAAAAAGUACCCUUUAAUGAUACAAAGUACAGUCAGUAUAAUGCUCUCAAUGUUCCACCCCACAAUAGAAGACAUCAGCUGAAGAUGCGAGAUAUUGCCGGGCAGGCCCUGGCUUUUGUUCAGGAUCUUGUGACUGCGCUUCUGAACUUCCAUACUUACACGGAACAGAGGAUCCAGAUUUUUCCUGUCGAUUCUGCCAUAGAUACUAUAUCACCAUUGAACCAGAAGUUUUCACAGUACCUUCAUGAAAAUGCAUCCUAUGUCCGCCCUCUUGAGGAAGGAAUGCUUCAUUUGUUUGAAAGUAUUACAGAAGAUACUGUGACUGUCUUGGAGACAACUGUGAAAUUGAAAACAUUCUCAGAACAUUUGACUUCCUACAUAUGUUUCCUUAGGAAGAUUCUUCCUUAUCAGUUAAAAAGUUUAGAAGAAGAAUGUGAAUCUUCUCUUUGCACAUCUGCACUAAGAGCCAGGAAUCUGGAGCUGUCCCAGGACAUGAGAAAGAUGGUGGCGGUGUUUGAGAAGCUGCAGACCUACGUGGCCCUUCUCGCCCUGCCGAGUACACAGCCAGAUGGGCUCCUGCGGACGAACUACAGUUCCGUUUUGACAAAUGUUGGUGCUGCUCUGCAUGGCUUCCAUGAUGUCAUGAAAGAUAUUUCUAAACAUUACAGUCAAAAAGCUGCAAUAGAGCAUGAACUCCCCACGGCGACACAGAAGCUGGUGACGACUAACGACUGCAUCCUGUCGUCGGUGGUGGCAUUGACCAGCGGGGCGGGCAAGAUGGCGUCUUUCUUCAGCAACAAUGCGGACUACUUCAUUGCUUCACUCAGCUACGGGCCCCGCGCUGGAGCCGCCAGCAGGUUCGUCAGCCCCCCGGCAGCGGCGUGCAUGCUGCAGUACAAGAAGAGAGCGGCCGCCUACAUGAGGGCCCUGAGAAAGCCCCUCCCGGAGUCGGUGCCCUACGAGGAAGCGCUGGCAGACCGCCAGGUCCUCCUCAGCUCCACGGAAAGCCGGGCUGGGCUCGCACAGCAGGUUCAACAGAGUUUAGAAAAGAUUUCUAAACUGGAACAGGAGAAAGAACAUUGGAUGUUGGAAGCCCAGUUAGCCAAAAUCAAGCUAGAAAAAGAAAACCAGCGAAUUGCGGAUAAGCUAAGGAGCCCCAGUGGUGGGCAGCUGGCUGGGCUGGCCCAGGAUAAUGCUGCCAUGGUGAACCGCGCCGGCCAGGAUGCAGCUGCUACGAAGGCCGCAGUGGAGCCUGCUCAGAGCACCAGUCUGAGUGGGAUUUUAACCAGGACGCCUGACAGCGAGGUCCCGGAUGUAGACUCUCGUGAAGACCUAAUUAAGAACCACUACAUGGCCAGGGUGGUGGAGCUCACAUCGCAGCUGCAGCUGGCUGACAGUAAGUCGGUGCAUUUCUACGCCGAGUGCCGGGCACUCUCUAAAAGACUAGCGCUGGCUGAGAAGUCUAAGGAGACCCUGACAGAGGAGAUGAAACUCGCCAGUCAGAACAUCAGCAGACUUCAGGACGAGCUGACGACCACCAAGCGCAGCUACGAGGACCAGCUGAGCAUGAUGAGCGACCACCUGUGCAGCAUGAAUGAGACGCUGUCGAAGCAGCGGGAGGAGAUCGACACCCUGAAGCUGGCUGGCAAGGGAAAUUCUAAAAAGAACAAGAGUCGAUAGUUUACAAAUAACUGCUUGGAGACGGACCCUUCCAGAGCCGCCGUAUCUGCCCGAAGCCGCAGGCCCUCCUGUGUCCAGCACGCAGCCUCUGGGAAGCUGAGGUCUCUGACCCAGGAACCCUGGGAGCCCCGCGUGUUGUGCAUGGCCCAGGCAUUUACGUGCAUUUGUGACCAGUAAGGCGAACACAGAAGUCGAUGUUGGCAGUGAAGUGGCAAACAUGACGUAUACCAUGGAUGUUGUAGGUUUCCUUACGCUGUUUUUACUGUGCACUUUUUAAAAUUAGGUUUUAAUUUCAGUAUGUAAGUAUGACAGAUAUUUUGUAUAUUUUCAAACUCAAAUAUAUGGUAAUUGAUUUGUUAUCUAUGGAAUAGAUAUAUGUUUCUGGAUAAAAUGCUUAAAUUGUCAACUGUCAUUACUUCUUACUAUGAUUGAGCGCAGUCUCCAGAUUCUUUUGUAAAGCUCCGUUCCCACUGUCGUCCUCCCCCGCCCCCUUUCCUCCCUUCCCAGGAACAGGCCUUGCAGAGUUCAGAUCCUGUGGGUUUAUUAUCAUUGUCUUCAGAUUUCCAGGACCCUUUCUGUCUUAGAGUAAUAACUACAGGAAAUUCAUGUCAAUAAAUUCGUACUGAUACCAAACUUUUAGUCUCUGUGAAAAUUUAAUGAAGGAAACUGAGACUUAACUAAAGUGGGCUUUG